ACCGACUACAGUUGGGCGGCAUUUCCCAACGUCUGUCCAUCUCUCACAUCAAACUGUCCAUCAUGGGCCGUGCAGUUCAAGUUGCAGGCAUCCACUGGCAACAAGCGAAGGCUGCCAAGUAGUGUCGCUGCUCCGCCUGCGCACUGGCAGCGUGAGCCAUGCUUUUUUUUAUGCAUCCUGCUCUGUACCUACAUCGAUUGUCCUCCUUGUGUGCAAUAGAGGGGCCCCAUCUCAUUCACCAUCCACCACCAUACCCACCUUCAUUUUUGCUCCCUGUUGACUACAUGACUGCUGAUGCUUGCUCUUGACCAGUUAGCAGCUGAGAAACUCUCUCUCAACCUUGCAUCCCUGCCUGCUUAAGUGUUGAAGCGACGACAGCCUUCGCUGUAGUCCCUGGACACCGGGGCCCCUUGAAAUAAAACGAUUGACCAUGGGCUAGGGUGGCCGUCCUUGAGUAUUCUCCAGCCCUGAAAGGCCGCUGUCAUCCUCGUUUACGGCUGCGGUGACCCGGACGGCAUCGAAGGCCUGGAUCGAUGAUCUGAUCUCGCCUCGCUGCACUCGCGAUGUACCUCCAAGGAGUAAGAUGUUGUCUCUCGAAUAUGGCAGAUGGGCUAGAAAAUAUUCGAGGUGACGCAGCAUUGUCGACUUCAGUUUCAAGUCCUCCUGCAGGUGCAACUGCAAACUGCAGCGAGUCUGUGCAGAACUAAGGGAUGAAUACAAGCAAAUCGGGCUCUUUGCUCCUGCUUGUCAGGCCACGAAGCUUCAAACACCCAUGCUCGCCACUCCUGUUGCGGACCAAUUCUGUGCUUGUUGGUAAAAGUGAGGAUUUGUCCGCCGCUAUGUUGAGGUGUUGGUCUGUUCUGUGGAAAAGGUACUGUACAGGCGUAACAGUAUGUAGCUUGGUCGUCGCCAUCAUCUCCCAACAUUCUGUUAUGUUCACUGCGUAGAAGGAUUCUCUCCUGAGCCUGCUGGCUAGGCCCGUUCGAUAUGCAUCCGGGUUAGAGAAACUACUCUUCGGCCUUCUCGUAUCCAAGUUUCACAAACAUGGCGAGACGGGCCAAACGGUCGCCCUGCGAGCCUGAGCACACGCCCGGGGCAAUUGAACCUGCUCAACUCUCACCAGCGCAAACAUUCAAUCAGAAGAUGCACUACUAGUUCUUGCAUGCAUGUAUACCAUACCCGCUAGCACGAAGGCAAAGAGAAGAAGAUGUCAUACCACAGCCGUUACACGGUCUCCAGCAUGGCCCGAAGAAACAAAACAGACUACUAGUAUGGCGCAGACUCCCACUGCCGGCAGUACGAGCGGCGUAAGAGGCCAACGGGACCUACAGUACCUAACUAUCCUGCUACUGCUAUCCACAGCUGCAGAGUUGUCCGACUACAACAAGUAUUGUCGAACAUGGACACGUGUGCAACGUACUGCAACUCGAAUCCGAACUUGACUCGAAUAUACAACUACAGCAGAAACGCGGACCAGAAGCAGGAAAUGCAUCGCAGCAGAUGCGGCACUUGAUCAGUCUGUUGGGAAUUUUCACAUGCUUCGACAACAAAAUUUGCGUCCAGGAUCAGCGUGGUCGCCACUCUUGCCCGCCAAUCCUUGCAUGGAUUGAAUUUGAAGCGGGAUCAUGGCUCCAUAGAUGGCACAUCCAUGCAGUGCCUGCGAAAGGCUACAGAACUGCACGCUGUAUUCCAACACAACCCCUAACAAAAGCUGUACAAUUCAUUGUUAUUCAUUCGGGACACUACUGUCUGGGUCAGAGCUUGCAUCCGCCGAUCUGUCGCAAGGGCGCCUCUGCCACACUACAACGUAUUAUGAUGAAACACCACCAGCAGUGUACAGCAAAGUGUGGAGACAAGUCUUUCCAUCAUGCGGGCUCUGGCUUCGGUUGCCUCUGCUCAGCCCGGGGUGAUUGGUGCAGGCGUGUGCUAUCAAUAAAUGCUGUCACUGAAGUUGGGCCAUGAGAUUGUACUGACAGCAAAUGCAUACUAACCGAGCACCACGCAGUCCACUUUUUACGGGUCUCAAGUCCAUUUCUAUCUCAGAAACGGUGUGCGGGCCGUCUCCGAAUCGGGGCAUUUUAGUUACCUACGUUGUACACAGUCCUUCACGACCGGGCUGAAACUAAGCACCAUGAUUUUUGAGAACAAAUUCGAAUAAGAAC